AUGAAAAAUAAAAGCAAAGGCGGUAAAGGUAAAGAUAAGAAAAAAGAUGAAAAAAAAAUUGUUGGACCUCCUGCCCCGGUUGAAAUCAACGAAAAUCAUAAAGAAUUCUAUAUUGCACAAAUUAUUGAUUUAGAAGAACGAGUUGUCACAUUACAAAAAAAGUGUGACGAGCUGGAAAUAAAAAAUGCGGAGUAUCAAGUGAAGCUGGACCGCAUGAUAGAUGACCAAAAUGAUAUUGUAUCUUUCAUUGAGAAAAAGCUGGCUAGAAAAAUUGAAGAGAUUAAAGAGAUGAAAGCGAAUUGCAUUAGAAUUCAGGAAGCUAAAUCAGAAGAGCAAAAAUUAUAUGAUGAACAAAUAUCUGCUAUCACAGAGGAGCAAAAACAAGUAGAAGAAAGUUUCACAGCUGAAAAUCAAAUGCUCACCGCAAAAAUUGCACAAUUGGAAGAAUUUCAACAAAAUCGUGAGAGCCUUUACAACAACAUAAAGAAACUUGAAAUGGACUUAUUUGCACAGCAAUCUGAGCACAAGGAUGCCCGAUACAUACUUGACAAACAACAUAGAAUCGAAAAAGACAAGUUGAAACAAGAAAUGAUUGAACAAGUAAAGAUUGUGGCGAAUGAAUUCAAGAAACAAUCGAAGGCGCAACUCUCAGAGACAACAAAGCGUACCAUCAGGGAGACAGUUGCAAUCCACAAUCAACUCAUUCGAAUGUCGGAGAAGACAGCAGAACUGAUUGAAGAAAAUGAACAGCUUAAACAGAAAUGUUCUCAACAAAAAAGAGAAAUUGCAAUUCUUGAAGAAUCUGAAAAAAAAUUGAUAAGAAAAAAUGUUUGCAACCACCACACUUUGACUCUAUUGAAAGCAAAAUGUCAGACUCUUGGCGAUUCAUUAACAAGGGGUGUAAUAGAAACAAGAGAUAAACUGGAAGAAUUGAUUGCUGAACGGAGAAUCCUUAUCAUGGAUUUGAAACAAGCGAGAAGUUCCUUAGUGGAAACAUAUGUAAAAAAUAAAGAGCAGAAUGAACUGCGCGAAAGACUGAAAGAAGAAGUACGAGAAAAGACCAUCUUGAAAUUCGAAUUGGAGAAACUCAUUGACCUAAGUGCUGUUGCAAUUGAAAACGUCAUCAAAAACUGUAAUCGUUUCAAAUCAGCCAAUGAACAUGGAGAAUUGCGAAAUAGUUACAACCAACUACUCAUUGAAAAGGGAGCAGCUGCUUCAGGUUCUCUUGUUACUCUUGAACUCACCGAAAUCAAGUCAAGCCGGCAACUUUCGGAAUCUCGUCCAGCCUCUUCUUUAAAAAUGCAGCUGUCACAAUCACUUGCUGCGUCGCACUAUCAGUUUAAAAAGAAUCAACAGCGUUUUAUGGAAAACAUUCCUCUGUAUAAACCAGGAUACUUGGGUUUGAUUCCUAGUCAGGAUUUCAUUGAAAUUGAACGUGAGAAAAAAAUUAAUGCGAGCAUGGAACGGAAACGACAGCAAUCACAUUCAGCUCCUUUGAAAACUAAAGAUUUAGAAGGAAAGUGUCAGUUUGUGUCCAAAGCAUCCUCCAUUCGAUCGAAACCACCCAACUUUCCACCCAAAGUUAUUGCAUUGGCGCAGCAACUGGUUACAAAAAUGCCAAUAAAAGGAAUGAAGUUGCAUCCGAGUCUCCCUGACGAGAAGGCAGUCAUUUCCUCCGCUGCAUCUGAUCAGAUGUGGCUCAGUUGA